AUGUCUUCCACCAUUGAAAUCGCAUCCUCGUUCAUCGAGGGUGCCCCGCCAGGCGAGGCACUUACCUCCGACGAGCCGGAUAUUACUCCUUCGCUGGCGCCCGCUUUCCAGCGAUACAAUGAGAAUCAGCUGACGACGGUCAAGCUACCUGGAGCUAGCCAGGAGGUGAUUCUUAGCGAGUACAACAGACUGGAGGGGAACCGGUACUUUGAUGUGGAGAGUCAGACGUCGUUUGAGGUCGAUCAUGUUACACAGGAAGCGUCUGCUGCGCAAUCGCAUGUGCUGGAAUCGCAGAAUGCGGAUCUGAUCAAAUCCCUGCUCAAGUCGCUCGCGAAACAUGCGGCGGAACACUACCCUAACUGCUCCUACGGUGUUUACCCUACUGAGGACGAUACGGCCGUGGCGAUCCUGCUUGUGGCGAACCGCUACUCGCCAAACAACUUCUGGAACGGCCGCUUUCGUUCCAUCUACACAGUCCCCGUAUCUGAGUCCACCACGGUGACCGGUAAGAUCCUGGUGGACGUGCACUACUACGAAGACGGCAACGUGGCCCUCAACACGAACAAGCCUGUCAACGUCUCGGUCCCCUCCCUGUCCGCCGAGAGCAUUAUCUCCCGCAUUGCUGCCGCGGAGCGCGACUACCAGGAGGAGCUCAACCGCGCCUUUGUGCAGAUGGCGGACGGCGCGUUCAAGCAUCUGCGGAGACAGCUGCCCAUCACCCGGCAGAAGGUGGAGUGGGAGAAGGUCGGCGGGUACCGGCUGGGACAGGAUAUUUCUGGUGGAAAGGGACGGUAG